UAUUGAUAAUAGAUUAAUUAUAAAUCCAAAAAUGUCAAUCAAUUUUCAGAAUUCCAAAAGAGGUGAACUCAAUGAGUUAAGGAUGGAACUGUUGUCAGUAAAGAUCCCCAAGAAGAAGGAAGCACUAAAGAAGAUCAUUGCUAGUAUGACCUUAGGAAAAGAUGUCUCCCCGCUUUUUACUGAUGUACUGAAGUGAAUGGAUACUCCCAAUAUUGAACUUAAGAAGCUGGUCUACCUGUAUAUUAUCAAUUAUGCCAAGUCUCAGCCAGAUUUAGCUAUUUUAGCAGUAAACACCUUUAGAAAGGAUGCUAGAGAAAGAUCUAAUCCCCUCAUGAGAGGACUUGCUGUAAGAACAAUGGGAUGUAUUGGGGUUGAGAGUAUAAUUGACUACAUUUGUGAGCCCCUCAAAGACGCACUCAAUGACGAAGAUCCUUAUGUCAGGAAAACUGCAGCUAUCUCCAUCAUCAAGGUUUAUGAUAUCAGUGCUGAGAGAUGCGAAGAACUUGAAUUUGUAGAUAGCUUAGUGGAUUUAUUAUCUGAUGGAAAUGCAAUGGUCGUCUCGAACGCAGUAGCUUCACUCAUGGAAAUAACUAACAGAAGAGGAAAGUUCUUUGAAAUGGACGGAGGUUCUUUGCAUAAACUUCUUACUGCUCUCUCAGAAUGCACUGAAUGGGGAAGAAUCUAUAUUUUAGAUUUUCUAGCUACUCACUUGCCAGAAGACACCAGAGAGAUUGAAAGUGCAAUCCAAAGAGUUGUUCCUCACUUAUCUCAUAGUAAUGCUGCUGUUGUAUUAUCUGCUUCGAAAGUUUUGAUCAGAUACAUGGAUUAUAUUGAAGAUGAAGAUAAAAUAAAAUCUAUUUGCAGAAAGCUGGCACCUCCUCUUGUAUCUUUGAUGUCAUCAAAUCCAGAGAUUCAGUACAUUGCCAUCAAGAAUGUCAACCUAAUUAUUCAAAAGCGCCCAGAUAUCUUCAGAAAGGGAGAUGAGAUCAAAGUAUUCUACUGUAACUUCAAUGACCCUCUCUAUGUAAAAUUGGAGAAAUUGGAAAUUAUGAUUCGCCUUGUUGACCUCAAGACUGUUGACCAGUUCCUUAGGGAAGUAAAAGAGUAUGCCCAAGAGUUGGAUGUACCUUUCGUUAGAAAAGCCGUCUCAGCCAUUGGAAGAUGUGCUAUUAAGCUUGAUAAGGCAGCUGAUAGAUGUGUCCAGGCUCUUAUUGAACUGGUCAGAACUAAAGUUGAAUAUCUUGUACAAGAAUCAGUCAUUGUGAUCAAAGAUGUCCUCAGAAGGUACCCAAACAGAUAUGAAUCCAUCAUUAAAGAUUUUUGUGACAACCUCAAAGCCCUCAAUUUUGCCGAUGAAAGAGCUGCCAUGAUCUGGAUUGUUGGAGAAUACGCAGAUAAGAUUAGUAAUUGUGUCCUUCUCAUUGAAUCGUUUGCAGAAAACUUUAAAGAAGAAGCUACAAUUGUUCAGCAUGCCAUCCUCACAGCAGCUGUCAAGAUCUUCCUCAAGCUCGAAGAUGAAGCUGAAGACAUGAUUGCAGACAUUCUAAAAUUGGCCACAGAGGAAGCUGAGAAUCCUGAUUUAAGAAACAGAGGAUAUGUGUACUGGAGAAUGCUGGUCAAUAACCCAGAUAUGGCAAGAGAGUUUGUGCUAGAAGAGAAGCCUAUCAUAUCGACUCAAUCAGAGAAUAUUGAUCCAACUCUACUAGACUCCUUGAUUGCUUAUCUAGGAACCCUCUUCUCAAUUAGUCUCAAGGCUCCAAGCAAGACUGUGAUUAGUAAAGAAGGAGCUAAAGAAAGAUUUGAUCUUGAAGAACACGAAGAAGUCGAAGUUCAAGAAGAAGUUGAAGAUUCUUCAGGAGUCAAAAGAACUGAAUAUGAAGGAGACACCAAUGUACAGACCUUUGAUGAUCUUAUUGGACUUGGAGAUGAUCCUGAACCUGAAGUUGAUAAUUCAAACCAAGAGAAGAACACUUCGGAUGCAAUUGAUGAUAUCCUCGGACUUGGAACCUCGGCUACAGAUUCUACUCCAUCUCAAACUCAGGAUAAUUCAGGACUAGAUGUGCUUGGAGAUAUUUCUUCUCCUCAUGACAGCCAAUAUUGAAGAGUUCCUGAGAAAACAUUGGUAUCAGAGGAUGACGAAUCUAAGGAUGGAAAUAGUGGCCUUGAGGUUAAAGGUUCCUUCCAAAGAGAAAAUAACAAACUUGUACUGGAGCUGAAAAUUAGAAACACAACUCAAAUAGACAGCAUUGGGAAUUUUGCUAUUAAAUUUGAUAAAAACUCAUUUGGUCUGAACCCAGCUGAACAAAUGGGAGAUUUCUCAGUUGAUCCUCAAGAGACAAGAAAAGAAGUUGUAGAAAUUAAUGUCAAUGAAAAUAACAAUAAUAAAGCUCCAGGCAUGCCUAUCAGUAUCAUGUGUGCUCUAAGAACAAGUAUUGGUGUGUUUGUUUUCCAGAUCCCUGUCAUGCUCUCUGUCUUAAUUGUAAGACAAAGCUCAAUGAUAAACGUGAAGGAAAUGAGAGAACUUUGGAAAGUAAUUGAAGGGGAUGAAGAAAUGUAUUACACUGUAUCAAAUCUCUCUAUAAAUCUUACAACUCCACAGCUUAUAAAAGAGAGAUUGCUUGACAACAACAUCUUCUUUAUGGAAGAGGGUAGAACUGAUGGAGGAUCUCCUUGCUUAUAUUUCAACGCUAAGGUCUCUAACAACCUUGUAGUUCUCAUCCAAAUCACCUUCAAGGAUGGAGACUGCACUCUAUGUGUGAAGUGUAAAGCCUCUCCUCUGAUCAAGCUAACCCAGCAAUGAGUAUCAUUCAUAUUGAGUCAGAACUAAGACAGUUGGACUUUUCAAAAAUUAAAAUUUUA